GGGUACCAGAAGAUGCUUCAGUGGUGAUACGUCUUUCACAAUGCAAGUUAUGAAUGAAAUUCAUUAACUAACAUCCCUUCCUCACCCUGGUCUCCAAUAGACUUCCUGAAACACUUGGAAGAAAGGGUCAGGGGAGAAGGGUCACCAUGAAGCUAAAGCAGCGAGUUGUGCUGCUGGCCAUCCUCCUUGUCAUCUUUAUUUUCACAAAAGUUUUCCUCAUUGACAAUUUGGACACCUCAGCUGCCAACCGGGAAGACCAGCGCGCCUUUCACCGUAUGAUGGCAAGCCUCCAUGUAGAACUGGACCCCCGACUUGACCAUACAUUGCAGUCCCCCUGGGAGAUUGCAGCCCAGUGGGUGGUGCCCCGGGAGGUGUAUCCCGAAGAGACACCUGAGCUUGGGGCUGUUAUGUAUGCCAUGACAACCAAGAAAAUAAUAAAAGCUGAUGUGGGAUACAAAGGGACCCAACUGAAAGCUUUGCUAAUACUCGAAGGAGGACAGAAGGUUGUCUUCAAACCCAAGAGAUAUGCCAGGGAUUAUGUAGUGGAAGGAGAACCGUACGCUGGCUAUGACAGACACAAUGCAGAAGUGGCAGCUUUUCACUUGGACAGAAUUCUGGGUUUCCGACGAGCUCCACUGGUGGUUGGCAGGUUUGUGAAUUUACGUACAGAGAUCAAACCAGUAGCCACAGAGCAGCUUCUGGGUACCUUCAUGACUGUGGGUAAUAACACUUGCUUCUAUGGGAAGUGCUACUACUGUCGGGAAACAGAACCAGCUUGUGCAGAUGGUGACAUCAUGGAGGGAUCAGUGACCCUGUGGCUUCCAGAUGUCUGGCCUCUUCAGAAACAUCGGCACCCGUGGGGCAGGACUUACCGUGAAGGCAAACUUGCCAGGUGGGAGUAUGAUGAAAGCUAUUGUGAUGCUGUGAAGAAGACUUCACCAUAUGACUCGGGCCCUCGUCUCCUUGAUAUCAUUGACACUGCUAUCUUUGACUAUUUGAUUGGGAAUGCUGACAGGCAUCACUAUGAGAGUUUCCAGGAUGAUGAAGGAGCCAGUAUGCUCAUCCUCCUGGAUAAUGCCAAAAGCUUUGGAAAUCCUGCCCUGGAUGAAAGAAGCAUCUUGGCUCCUCUUUAUCAGUGCUGCAUCAUCAGGGUUUCUACCUGGAACAGACUUAAUUACCUGAAGAAUGGAGCAUUGAAGUCUGCCUUAAAAACUGCUAUGUCGCAUGACCCCAUCUCACCGGUGCUUUCUGACCCUCAUCUGGAUGCCCUAGACCAGCGGCUUCUCAGCAUUCUGGCUACAGUGAAGCAGUGCACAGACCAGUUUGGGCCAGAUGUUGUGCUGGUGGAAGACAGGAUGACUCUGUCUCAUUUGUAAUUGUAGUGGAACACAGAUGAAACUCCUUUUUUACAAACAAACAGAAAAGUGAUAGAAAAACAGCACAAUCAGUUCAGAAAGGCUGCGGCCAAGAUGGACUGAAAUGAACAGGAAAGCUUCCUAGCCAGAGAAACAGGUGACACUGGCUUUUACCUUGGGCUGACAGCAGUGAGAGGUGGGAAGUUGGAGCCCUGGAUAGCUCAGUACUUGUAAUGGCAUCUUGGUCAUUGUAGUAUGUGUCCAUUGCCGGCAGUGGGCAUUGCACUGGCUAAAAGUGGCGUUUGGUAUUGGUGGAAGUGUGUGGAAUGCAGACACUAAUUUGUAGACUGAAUUUAGAGGGAACAAAUGGAGAUGAACAGUAUGAUCCUCUGCCCUUCUCUUCCCCACAUAUACUCUUGCGAGUUUUUGUCUGAUUCAGGGUUGUACAUAAUCAGCUGUGAGCUGGUUAGGCAUUUUACUGCUUCUUUAGAGAAAGAGGAAGUGGUGAAUAAAUUAUUAGACUGAAGAGUUGUGCCACCCCCCCCAUCGGGGAUGGGAUGUUCUUCUGAAUGCCAUUAGGGGUGGGAGAGGGGACCUCUGCCGCUCAGUUGUCUUUUCCUUGGUAAGAGGCUGAGAAAGGGGUUUGCCUCAUGUGAUAAUGCUUCAGUGUUUUUGCUGAAGUCCUAUCAAAGAUUUAUCCACAGGGUUGGAGAUAGAGGGGAGGACAGGGUGGUUAUACAGCACUUGGUAAUUAAGGGGUUACAGUAAGUUUUCAUGUGUCCUGUCACUGUUUUCCAUUUCUAUGGAAUCUGGCAAGGUCUGGGUAGAGAAAAUAUCAUUGCAGUCCUGUGCCCAUAUUAACCAAAUUUUCAUUAUAUUGUAGCGAAGAAGGGGGACAGAUUCUGUCCUUGGAAGCAGGUUCUAUUUAGUGAGGUCAUGCUGCUUAUACUGUAGGCCCUAUUUAAUGUGGGGAGUCUAUGUGUGUUGUACUGCAGAAAGAGAGGUGUACUGCUAAAUUUCCCCAGUAACCAACAGCCAUGGGCAAGGCCCUGAAGAGUGGAGAGAACCAUGAGCUGUGGUCUUCAUAUGGGAGAGCUUCUUGCUGCUUGAUGUUAUAACCACAGCUCAGUGCUGCUGUUCUGUGGAACGCCAGCAGUUUCUCAGUCUCACCAUUUAGCUGGUCUGGCUUGUGGCUGAGCUCUGAAGCUGUGAGCACUUCCAGAAAGUUUUCUGCCUUCCUGCAACCCCUACUGCAAUGUUCUGACUGGGGUAGUCAUCCUGGGGUCCUCACUCCUAAUGACUCUGCCAUAGACAGGGAGAGAGCUAGUGUAAUUUGGCUUUUGCGGCAAACUUGUAACUCUCAUCUAGUGCUAGUCCCUGUCCUCUUUCAGCACUGUGCCAGCUUGCACUGUGGAUGAGCUUCUAGAUGCAAAACCUGUCACACAUGUGGUAGGUCUGAAUACGUCUCCCCAGAAGGGAAUCAGCUUUAUCAUUACGUUUCCAAAUUUAACAGCUUUGCAUCAGGUUUUAGUUUAGACAGUGUGGACCUUAGAAGUAAGGAAAGAGCUCACUUCCCAAAGUGAUUAUGUAUUAUUGGACUUGGGGGCAAGAGCAGCAAAAUGUCAGCUUAGGAAUUUUUCCUUGAUUUACCUCUCAAAACCUUUGUAACUCUGGAGUAGCCUGGGGGGCAGACAAAGAGCUGUUUCUGUUCUUGCACCUGCCGCUAUACCUGAUCAAAGAGGUGUAAGUGAGAGAGUUUAUUUUUUAAAUGCAGUUCUAUUUUGUUUGGAGUCUUUUUGUCAUUGCAUGAGCAGAGUAUCUUGAAAGUAGAAUGUAAUUGUUAAACUGAAUUUUAUGUUCUUCUAGAACUGUUCUGGACUUGGCCAUGUCGCAGACCCACCUGAGAGCCAGGAUGGGAUCUGGAGUUAUUUAUUGGUGUUACCAGUCAGGACUGUAAUGCACAGACAGCUUUUAGGACACUGGUGUUAAGCCAGUGCCUGUUUAUUGUUGUACUUAAUAGCAUAACACGUGCUUUGGAAGCCAUGGUCCUUCAGUGAGGACCCACUAGUGUGGAUUGUGCCUUGCAGGUUUCCUUAGGGCAGAGGCGAGCAUGCCUAGCUGAUUGUGAGUGUGGCAGGAGCUGAGCAGAGAUUGCCCUGGGCCCUCGCUGGCUGAGCUGGCCUAUCACUUGGCUGCCCAUUAGAUUUCAGUGGUUGAGUGAGACACUGUGGAAAGGACUGUGUGCAGCAGUGAGGUGGUUAGUGAAUGCUUUUAUUCUAAAGCAGAAUAGGUUCAUACUGAGGCAUUUUGGCAUAAACUCUUUCCCAGGAAAUUUAAGUUGAUUUACAUAAGGGGUAGAUGGUGAAGCACACGGUAAUGGCUUGUAGCAUUAUUAAAAGUAUGUUCUUCGAGCUUAAUCAUGAGCACUUAAUAUUUUGGAAAAGACCUACCAAAAUUUGAUGUUUUGAUUUCUAUGUGAUCACUCUUGAUCAUUUACAUUUGAUUUAAUAAUGGAUUCCAAAAAAAGUCUUUCUGCCUUUAUGAAAUUAAAUUAGUGUUUGGGACUUACAUGUUGUUUCUUCACAGGGCUCUAAGCUGAAGCUAUUGCUGUUAGAUGGAACCUGGGGAUAAGUUUAUCCCCAGUAUGAAUGUCAAAGGUUUAAAGCAGUGUGUUGGUUUACUUGAACAAAGGGCGGUGAAGUCAGGCAUCAUCAGUAGGAGGAAGCAAGAAAUGGUUGCUUUUUUUCUUCUUUUUUUAAUUUUUUUGUCAUAUUGAUGCUUCUGGCCCCUGUAAACACCACUGGAGAAUGGGGUUGUGCAGCAAGAAAGAAAAAUAAAUUCCUCUCUUACCCAGAAUCAGGAAGAUCUGAUUUUAGCCUUGUGAUAGUCUCUGGCAUUUUGGCAGUGAUUUGUUUGAAUAUGGAACCCUAAGAAAUAAGAAGCAGCAUCCACAUGCGAGCAGGGUCUGCUUGAAUCUCUGGAAAAGUGUCAUUCGUGAGGCAGGUGCUAUCCUGUGUUGAUGAGGUUUUUAUGACACCUAAUUCUUGUUCACUGUGCACACCGUCAUCCGCUGGCUCCAGAUGUUACAACAUGAUUGUGUUGUGGAUAUUAGUAAUAUAGGAGCGCUUGAAGCACAGAAAUCAAGAACUAAUUAAAAAGAGAGCAUCAUCAGCCAUCUGCUAUUUAUCUCCUCCUUCCGAAGUCAGCAGUCAGGCUGGAGGAGACAUGGAAGUCUGCUCCUCUUCCAGCAGCUAAUGAACUGGAGUGUGUCAUGCCAAACAAACUUCAACUGAAAAAUACUAAUUUAUUAAGAAGGUAAUUUAUUUGCUGUGGCAGCUGGAGCAAGAUGCUUGAAACAGACACCCCUCUUGGAGCUGUCAGAGGAUUGCCCCUGGGAGCAGCUGCAGAAAUGGAGGUUGCUAAUAAGAAAAGAGAAUGCAAUCAUGACUUUCUACUUGUAUCCCCCAGGGUCAGAUUCCACAUAAAGCGACAUUGUGUGAAUAAAGAUUUUAAUAAAGCAACAUUGAUGGAUUGUUUAA